UCAUGUGUUAAAACCUGAAAAAUAAUGGUUCGCCAGUGCUUUUUACGAUGUUUACUAGAUUCGCACGCUCCUGUCAAGUUGCCGCACAACGUUGAAAUCCUAGUGGGUCGAAGUAAAGUCACCAAGAUAAAAGAUCAGUCGUGCUCUCGUCAUCAAUUGAGUUUAAAGGCAGAUUGUGAUGAAUGCGUGGUUGAAGUCAAACAACUUGGAAUAAACCCAUCUGGUUUAGAUGGAUUUGCUAUGAAAAAAGAUGCCACAUACAAACUAGGACAUGGUACAAAAAUUGAAAUAUUACUAAACUUCUACUCUCAUGUGCUAGAGUUUGAUCCUCCUCCUGAAGGAUCUGAUGCACCCAAAGUUAACACCAAAAGGAAGUUAGAAGAAGAAGAAUCACCUAGGAAAAGAAAAAAUCUAAAGGUUGAAGAAGAGGACUCUUUAGACACAUCUAACUCUACAAAGAAGAGUGAAAAAACAACAAUGAAUCAAGUAUACCCAUUACCAGAAGCACCUGAAAAUAUAUGGGAAGAAAUAGACAAUGGAGAACUCUAUAUAUUUACAUCUAAAGGUGUUAAGUCCAGCAGCAAAAUAGCUGCUUUUGAUAUGGAUGGAACAUUAAUUAAAACUAAAUCGGGCAAAGUCCACCCUGUUGACACUAAUGAUUGGCAGAUUGCUCUUCCUCCUGUGUCACAGAAGUUAAAGGAUUUAUAUUCCAAGAAUUUUAAAGUUAUAAUUUUAAGUAAUCAAGCUCCAAUUGGGAAUGGUAGAGUAAAAAUAGAGGAUUUUAAGAAGAAAAUUGAAAAUAUAGUUGCGAAAAUAGAUGUUCCCAUACAAGCAUUUAUAGCAACUGGUAAAGGUUUUUAUAGGAAGCCUACUACAGGCAUGUGGAAUUUUUUACUUGAAAAGAAAAAUGAUGGUUUAGAGGUAGACAUGGAUAAAAGCUUCUACUGUGGUGACGCUGCUGGCAGAGUAGCCAACUGGGCCCCCGGAAAGAAGAAAGACCACUCCAUGGCCGACAAGCUUAUGGCCGAAAACUUGGGUCUCAAGUUCUACACACCUGAACAAUAUUUCCUGGGGCAUUCUAUUGCUAAUGUGCCUUUUAGCAAUCCGGAAUUUGUCUCAAAACAUCUGACUUCAGAACCAUUUAAUGAUAAUCUAAUUGGUAAAGAGAAAGAGAUUUUAGUUUUAGUUGGAUUCCCAGGAAGUGGCAAGUCAUUUUUAGCCAAGCAAAUUGAGAAAAAGUCGGAGCAUAAAUAUGUGGCAGUUUGCAGAGACAUUUUAGGAACUUGGCAAAAGUGUGCUGCUGAAGCAAAAAAGUUAUUGCAGCAAGGUAAAAGCGUCAUAGUAGACAGUACGAAUCCCGACGUGGAAUCCCGCGGACGCUGGACGUCGCUGGCCAAGGAAAUGGGUGUCCAAUGCCGUUGCGCCCGAAUGGCCACCACCAAGGCACACGCCCAGCACAACAACAAGUUUAGGGAGCUAAUGAAAAUCAAGCAUGUGCCCGUCAACGAUAUUGUUUUUCAUAGUUACAAGAAUAAAUAUACAGACCCCACGCCAACCGAAGGUUUCAAAGAAAUAAUAGUUGUAAAUUUUAAUCCCUGUUUCGAAGACAAAGAGGCUGAACAGGUGUACAGAAUGCAUUUACUGGAGAAGUGAUACGAUUUGUGAUAAACGCGCGAGCAUUUAGUGUGAUAAUAAAACAAAGUUGUAAGGUCA